UGAUGAAGCAACCAUUAUCUCAGGGACAAAGCUUGCUAAACAAGUUUUGAAAGAAGUUCAAAGGGAUGUAGAAUCAUGGAUAUCUUUUGGAAACAAGAGACCUCAUCUCACUGUCAUAUUAGUAGGAGACAAUCCAGCUAGUCAUAUCUAUGUCAGAAACAAGAUAAAAGCAGCUGCAGCUGUAGGCAUUUCUAGUGAGAUCAUACUGAGGCCUAAAGACAUUUCUCAGGAAGAACUGUUAGAUAUGACAGUAAAACUCAACAAGGAUUCGACAGUUAGUGGUGUAUUAGUUCAGCUGCCUCUCCCAGAUCACAUAGAUGAACGAAUAGUUUGUAACGCUAUUGCACCUGAAAAGGAUGUGGAUGGAUUUCAUAUUAUGAAUAUCGGGCGUCUGUGUCUUGAUCAGCCUUCUAUAAUACCAGCCACUGCUGCUGCCGUCUGGGAAAUGAUAAAACGGACAGGAAUACAGACAUUUGGAAAAAAUGUUGUUGUAGCUGGCAGAUCUAAGAAUGUUGGAAUGCCCAUUUCGAUGCUUUUACAUACUGAUGGAGAGCAUGAAAGGCCUGGAGGUGAUGCCACAGUGACCAUUACUCACAGAUACACACCAAAAGAGCAGCUCAAGAUCCAUACGCAGCUCGCUGACAUUGUAGUAGUAGCUGCAG